GUCCACUUGACCUCACCACUUGCUGCCCUCCAGCCCUUCACGCAAACCAAACCCUGGCCGUGUUAGUCACGGGGUGUUGCUCUCUCUGUCUCUGCCUCCUCCCUCUGCCUCCCUCCGCUGCUCGUCUUUUCUUCUUUCAACCAUCCUGCUCUUCGUUUGUGUGGCCUUCUCCUCCCAAAUCCAGGAGAACCCGACGACAGGAGCCCAGGGAAGCCGUAUUUCUUUCGGGACAGCCCCCUUGCCGUCAAUUCCACUUGCCAAUUGAUGUUCCCGUUCGUCUCCAGCCGCUCCAUGAUUUUCUUUCGGGACGAUAUCUAGCUUUGAUCCCCAACCGUUCCGUGAACAGCUCGUCUGGUCCUUUCCCCCCCCCUCUCUCUUUCGCUCCCCCUUCGAUUUUCUCGGUCUCACUCUCGCCGUCCGCUACCUUCAUAGCGACGGCUUGACUUAAUGGCGCCAUCUCGUUCGACCACCACCACUACCACCACCACUACCACUACCAACAACUCCGCCCGCUCGACUCCCAACAGCCUGCUGGCCUCGCUGGGCAUGGAUGACGAUUCGGAUUGUUCCAGCCUAAGCUCGGCGCCGGCAUCGCCGCUGGCACCUCCUGGGUUCUAUCCCUCGCCGCCGCCGUCGCAGGACGCGGGCGAGUCUAGCGCCGCCCGCGGCCAAGACGACUUGCCGCCCGCCAGAAAGAAGCGACGGGUAGCCGCCCCGAAGGAACGCUGCACGCAGCAUCUCGACCUCUCGCCCUCCGCGAGCCUCUCUCUCGGCGAGCAGCAGUCGCAGAUCGAUUACCUCGUCAAAACCCUCCGCGGGAACCGCAAAGUCGUCGUGAUUGCCGGCGCGGGUAUCUCCACCUCCGCAGGAAUUCCCGAUUUCCGCUCCACCGAUGGGCUUUUCAAAACCCUCCAGAAGAAACACAACCUUAAGGCGUCCGGCAAGCUCCUGUUCGACGCCGCCGUCUACCAGGAUGAGACGUUGACCGCCUCCUUCCAAGACAUGGUACGGUCGCUGUCCGAAGACGCGGCCAACACCAACCCCACAGCUUUCCACCACAUGCUGGCUCGUAUCAGUCAGGAGAACCGUCUCACCCGACUGUAUACGCAGAACAUCGACGGCAUCGAGUCCUCCAUGCCUCCGCUGGCAACGCAGAUUCCGCUCAAUGUCAAAGCACCCUGGCCGCGGACCAUCCAACUGCAUGGGAGUCUAGACAAGAUGGUCUGCCAAAAGUGUCGCUACCUGAGCGAUUUUGAUCGGGUCAUGUUCGACCGUCCCGACGCUCCCGAAUGCCCCGAAUGUACGCGUAACAACGACUUUCGUAUUGAGACCGGCCAACGUAGCCACGGCGUCGGCAAGCUGAGACCGCGGAUCGUUUUGUACAACGAACACAACCCCGACGAGGACGCCAUCACCUCCGUCAUGAAUGCCGAUAUCCGCUCCCGUCCGGACGCCUUGAUUGUGGUCGGCACCAGCUUGAAGAUUCCUGGCGUUCGUCGCCUGGUGAAGAGCCUCUGCUCCGUGGUCAGGAGCCGUCGCAACGGCGUGACGAUGUGGAUCAACAAUGAACCUCCGACCCAGAAGGAGUUCGAGAACUGCUGGGAUCUGAUGAUUAAGGGUGACUGCGAAGAAGUGGCACGGCUUGCCGACUUGAAACGGUGGGAUGCGAAGGAGAUAUUCGACGAGUGCGACUCAUCCGAAGUCGAACGGGUCAAGAGAGAACAAGGCGAGGUGUCUGUCGUUGUCACGCCGAGCAAGAAGCGACCAACCCCGACCGGCUUCCUUACACCAUCGUCCAGUUACGAUGAUGAAGCCCAGCCCAACUCGAAGAGAUCCUGCCCCAACCCCGCCAGCCGCGGACGGAGCCUUCAGGACGUCCUCCAGGCGUCCAAGGCGACAAAGCCCAAGAAGGCUGCUCCGAAGAAGACCGCGCCUAAAGGACGGGCGGCAAAGAAGGCCGAACCGGCGAAGAACUCCAAGAUCAACAGUUUUGGACGGGUCACCAAGGCUCAAAAGGCCAUGGCGACCAGUGACAAGGCAUCGAAGCCGGAGAAGGACGACAACAAGCCGAUGCACCCGUUGCCUCCCGGAGCUGCUCGCAACAACGGGCCCAACCCCAUGUUCCCUAACCUGACGGCCAAGGGGGAGGAGACUCCUCCGAGUGGUGGUCGGUGGCGUCAGGACAUCACCAUCUCGCCUGAAUCCAUUCCCAGAGGAAUGAACGAGCUGCUGAAUGAGCCGACCGCCUAGGGCCAUGAUCUGCAUCGCCAGCAUACUCUUACCAUCUUUUUUUUUUCUUACAUUCUUCUCACUUUUACUUUCAAGACUACUGGAAUCUGUUCGGAUCCGGUUUAUGGAGAUACCAAUGAUAGACUAUCUGGGGGUUAGGCGUUUGGGUGUGUGGCAUAAUGAAGCAUAAUCACAUUGGACUCUCGUGUCCUCACUUUCUUCUCACGGGCCAGCGCUGUAGACAUGGUUCUGGCAUAUGAGAAUCCGAUGUGUUCCUCUGUGGAUAGAGGCCAUGACCUGUACCAAUCAUUGUAUAACAUGGUUGCACUUCCUGGCGUUUGGGUGGACGGAGUUGCGGUUGUUUUUGCAUGCGGCCGAGUGCGUGGCUGACUGAGGAUUUACAGUGUGAUCGGGCAGAAAACGAACAUUGUACAUUG